AUGCCAUACCACCAAUUCCCCUCCCACGAACGAGACCCUCUCCUCGGCGUCCGCAAUGGCCACAACCCCAACAAUCCCACCCCAACUCCAAGAACCCACCUCGCGAACCUUCACAAUUACUUCACCCAACCCCUCGCGCGACGCUGGACCGACCUCCUCCUCCUCACCUGCUACAUCAUCACCGGACUCCUCGACUCCUCCGCGGUGUUUAUCUGGGGCUCCUUCGUCUCCAUGCAAACCGGCAACACAGUGUACGCGGGACUCGGACUAACCGGGCUGGACACCACCACACGCUGGCAGAAAUCCCUCAUCUCCAUCGGCAGUUUCUGCACCGGCAGCUUUCUUUUUGCCCUGCUUCACCGCCGACUGUUUGCCGCGCCGCGGUGUCGCGGCGCGCUGGCGCUGUCGUUCGCCCUCCAGACGGGGUGUAUUGCCGUUGCGGCGGUGAUUACGAGUGUAUAUCACCCACACAAGGAUGAUGAUAACGGGAGGUUGAGGUGGACGACGGUGGUGCCGUUGGCGUUGGUUGCGCUGCAGAGUAGCGGGCAGGCGGUCGCGAGUCGCGUGCUGCAGUUUAGUGCGUUGACGUCGGUCGUGUUGACGAGUGUCUACUGUGAUUUAUUUUCGGGGCCGCUGUUGAGUACUAGUUCUUCGGAGCAGCCUGCGGCGGCGGUGAGGAAUCCGGAUGAGUGGCGGAGGGUGGGCGCGGUGGUGGGCUUGUUGAUUGGGGUCGCGGUUGGAGGGGGUUGGGCGAGGAGUGAGGUUGGGUUGGAGGGAGCGCUGUGGACGGCGGUGGUGUUGAAGGCGGGGAUUACGGGGGCUUGGUUGUGCUGGAGGGAGGAGGAGAAGGCUGGUGCUGGGGAGGAGUAG